GCUACAAUUGGCACAAAAGUCGAUAGGUCAUUGGGAAGAGAUCAAAGAACGACGACCCUUCUCUCUCACCAGACACAGCACCACCAUCUCCAAACCCAAAACCUAAGAAACAAUGGCAUCAAUCCUCACAGUCACUGCGGGGGUUGCCGCAGCAGCAUUCCUAGGCCGCGCAGGACUCGUAGCGUUCCGCAAAUCGCGCGGCGAAGCCGUCGGGGCCCUUGGAAAAGCCUUUUACAAAGGCGGAUUCGAGCCGAAGAUGAAUCGCCGAGAAGCUGCGCUCAUUUUACAACUCAGCGAACGUCAACUUACCAAAGAGCGCAUACGAAAAAAUCACCGCACCCUGAUGAUGCUGAACCAUCCGGAUCGCGGCGGCUCGCCAUAUCUAGCGACCAAAGUGAACGAAGCAAAGGAGUUCUUGGAGAAGAACGGUUGAUCUCCCUGAAUUCCGCACUCAAUUUUCUUCGGGGGUGGAAAUGCAUCUGAUUUGGAUUGCGUUGCCGAUUUGCUAUUUCUCGACUUUCCGCAUACUUCAAUUAUUCGCGCACACACGAUUUCAACCCUGCUAUAUGGAUUGUCUUCAAGGAUUCCUCGCACAUUCUUCCCCGCUUUGGCAUGCUUCGGUCCUGUCCCUAUCGAUCGUCUUCACUGCUGCGAUUACUGCUACGACAUCAAGCCUUGCGAUAUACAAUAGCUCAAGUCCAAUUUAUCUCCUCUGCUCUGCACACCUCUUUUCGCACCGACAAAGCGAGCGACUACCAGCAAUCUAAUUGACUCCAACCUCGACUUUCUUUCCCUGUACAUCACUUUCUCUCAACCCUUCGAGUUCAUAAAUUCCCGAAUCUCCCUUCAAAAAUCUCCACAAAUGACAUUAUAGCGAAUGGCGUUUACGUAUCAUAUUGGCAGCGUGGUGGCGAGGUUGUUUUGUUCAUGAGUUCUAUGAAUCAUGAUGAAUUGAUGGAUAGAUGCAUGCAUGGGUUGGCCGGCGUUUCAAUGUACAUUAUCAACGGAUUGAUAUCAAAAUCUGAAAUCUCCUCUUCUAAGUUACAUGAGAAUACAAACACAAAUUUAUUGUCCUUGCUGAAGUAGGGACAUGGAAUUCGAUACACUCA